UAAACGCACCUAGUAAACAGAUGGUUCUUGUACUAACACUUGUUCAGUUAUGUUGGAACGAUGGCUAUUUGAAGUGUGCGACUUUGAGAUGUAUGAAAACAUGAGCCCUGCAAGCAUUAAGGCGAUCACGCCUGUUUAAACUAUCGACGGUUUACUGAGAUUCAGGUGGUGCAGAGUUGAAAGACAAGAUCUAUACUGUGCCUACCGGGUAGAUUAAAUCAGAGGUCACACCUAGACCCAAUCCUACAUAUUGAAGUACUGAUGCAUCAGAUGUCACAGUGGGAUAUUUAUACCGCGUAUGUACAACCGCAGCAACACAGCUGUGGAAAUGGCGACAUUCCCUUCUUUCAGGAAACUAUCUGCAGUUCUACUAGGAUUAACAAUUGGAUUAACUUUGGUGACCAUUUUUGUUGUGACCUUUACAACAGACCAACAUGGCGUUCGUUUCGUCUCCUCUAUUGUGAACACUGUCAAUUCACGAGCUGUACAUUCACGAGAGGUACAAAAGCUAUCGAAUGACCUACACGAAGACGUUCAGAAGUCAUUGGGGCAAUACCUGUCUGGAAAUGUCAAAUUUGAGGACCUGCAUCUUCAUAAAGAUGAUGAUGCCAUAUCCAAGGCUCUGUAUCAAAAGGAGCGUGUACUCUGCUGGAUUAUGACGUCCCCUAAGAAUCUCGAUGUUAAAGCACGUGUAGUUCGCGACACAUGGAGCAGGCGCUGCAACAAAGUGCUCUUCAUGAGCUCUGUGACGGAUCCAAAGUUCCCUACAAUCGGAUUAAACGUGUCGGAAGGUCGGCGGCAUUUGACAGCCAAAACGAUGCAGGCUUUCCGUUACAUCUACGAAAACCACUUUGAUGAUGCUGAUUGGUUCAUGAAGGCUGACGAUGACACAUAUGUUAUUUUAGAGAACCUCCGGUACUUUCUGACGUCCCAAAACAAAUCCGAACCUGUAUUUUUUGGCCAUCAUUUUAAGGUGUACGUAAAACAAGGGUACUACAGCGGCGGAGGGGGUUAUGUGCUGAGUAAGGAAGCGCUGAGGAGAUUUGGAGAGAAAGGUCGUGAUCCCAGUGUAUGUCGACAAGAUUUCGGCCCAGAGGACUUAGAAAUGGGCAAAUGUAUGCAAAAUCUAGGGGUGAGGACAGUCAAUACUCUAGACGCCCUCGGGAGGAGCAGGUUCCACUGUUUUGACCCCGAGACACACCUGUUUGGUGGAUACCCAAAGUGGUAUUACAAAUUCGAUGCAAAUGGUGCUAAGAAGGGCACAGAGAACAUCUCCAACUACGCCAUAUCCUUCCACUACGUGUCUCCAAAGAAGAUGCACGCUCUGGAGUUUUACAUCUAUCACUUACGACCGUAUGGCAUUGUGUCCGGAACCCAGGAGCUCAACAGACAAGUGGACGUGAAACCCAGAACUCAGGAGGUCAACAGACAAGCGGAUGUGAAACCCAGAACUCAGGAGCUCAACAGACAAGUGGACGUGAAACCCGGAACUCAGGAGGUCAACAAACCAGCGGAUGUGAAACCCGGAACUCAGGAGGUCAACAGACAAGCGGAUGUGAAACCCGGAACUCAGGAGGUCAACAGACAAGUGGACGUCAAACCCGGAACUCAGGAGGUCAACAGACAAGUGGACGUGAAACCGGGAACUCAGGAGGUCAACAGACAAGCGAACGUGAAACCCGGAGCUCAGGAGGUCAACAAACAAGUGGAUGUGAAAUCCGGAACUCAUGAGGUCAACAGACAAGCAAAUGUGAAACCCGGAACUCAGGAGGUCAACAGACAAGUGGAUGUGAAACCCGGAACUCAUGAGGUCAACAGACACGCGGAUGUGAAACCCGGAACUCAGGAGGUCAACAGACACGCGGAUGUGAAACCCGGAACUCAGGAGGUCAACAGACAAGUGGACGUGAAACCCGGAACUCAGGAGGUCAACAGACAAGCGGAUGUGAAACCGGGAACUCAGGAGGUCAACAGACAAGCGGAUGUGAAACCCGGAACUCAGGAGCUCAACAGACAAGCGAAUGUAAAACCCGGAUCUCAGGAGGUCAACAGACAAGCGGAUGUGAAACUCGGAACUCAGGAGGUCAACAGACAAGCGGAUGUGAAACCCGGAACUCAGAAGGUCAACAGACAUGCGUAGUGGCA